CCGCCGUUCCUGUGAGCAUCGGUGCAUAGAGCAUGACUCUAUUUAUGCAUCGUGUACGGCAUAAUUCCUUAAGACGGGACGAUGCGGUUUGGAGCCGACGUGAGAGAUCUGACUGACCGACGAUCGAGUGUCAUCAGCAGCCGCGGGCGGUUGGACCACAUCCAGAAAUGUGCCCCACCCUCCCUCUCUCUCUCGCGUCGUUCCGGAGCGUUCCUCGGGACGGGCGGGCUGAAUGGGCAACUCUUGGGCGAAAUCCUUCCAAUACGGAUUGCAGGCAUGCCUCCCUCCCUCUCCCGAAUUGCUGCAGCUGAAGAGCGCCCGCGCCGUCCUUUCUCUUCUGUCGCUUCCCCAGGCCCGCGCCCAUCUAUCUGCCUUUGCCGAUCUGCAAACCCCGUCCGACACGUGCGCGACGGGAACAAAGCACGACGGCGCAUUAUUAUUAUUAUCAUCAUUGCCACCGCAUAUCUGGAUGGAUGCGCCUGUGGAUGGGAGGGACGGCUCUGGGCGUGUACAGUGACUGUAGUGUGCGUGUGGGAAGGAGCAUGGUUUGCCCUACACCUGUCCAAUUGCGCGCCGAUGUCUUGGUACUGCGUGUCGAUACGGUACAGCAGGACCACGAUGGGCUCGAAUCACGAUCCGGUACGCCCGGGAACCCAGGAGAGCAGUGCACAAACGCCGUUCGAUUGUUCUGUACCUGGAACAUGGUUUGGAUCUGUCCAGCACAGGCAGGACAAUCCAUAUUCCAUACUACAGUACGAGUCGAUAAACUUCAGAUUGCUGUGUCGUUAGCUCCAUCUGCCAUCAUCGAUCCGCCUAGUCCUCAAUUCCGUCUCCCUUUUCGCCGCCAGCGCUUGUACGGUAUGUAACAGGAUUUCUCCAACGGCAGCUCGCCCUUCCGUUCGGAAAU